AUGCAAUUUCUCGACGCUCAUGCAAUCGCGGCCAUCAUCCAGGGUUUCGUCUACCUCCUCGUCGCGGUGGCGUGCUGCGUGUGCCUCGCGCGCAGGGUGGCGAAGCGGCGGACGGGAUGGGUCAUGCUCGUCCUACUUUGUGUGGUGCAAGUGGCGAUGAGCGUGCUGCGCCUGCUGUUAUCACAGUUCCCGACGAGCGUUCCCUUAGGCGUGGCCGCAACGUCUCUCGACGCGGUGAGCCUUGCUCCGCUGGUGAACGCCGUCUCAGGGUUCACUGAGAUCUGGACAGUUGGCGUGCUGGAGCACGAGUUCUUGAUGCGCACCGCCCUCCCUUUGCUGCAGUUCUUCCCCUACGUCGCCGUGCUCCUCUUCCUCGUUGGGUGGGCCGACAUCGUCUCAGCACGGAGCCAGCAUGACGUCUACACCGGCACCGCCCUUCGCCGCGCCGGCUUCGUCGUCAUCGCGUGCGUGCUCGCCGCGCUCGCCGCCGCCGUUGUCUAUCUUCUCUUCCACCGCGCGCACGUCAUGCGCAACCGUCGCUUGCGGUUCAGCCCGACGACGGGCAGCGUCGCGCUCUACGCCGCGCUGGACCUCGCGCCGGCGCUCGUCGUCGCGCUCGUGCUCCUCGGCGCCGCGCUCGCAGUUCCGCUGCACAAGGACGGGUUCGUUCUCGUCCGCGGCGCGCGCGCGCUCGAGGUCCGGCUGGGCACGGUCGCGAGUGCACGCUCGCCGGCGGUGCAGCGCAGCAACAGCUACACGUUCGGGAUCCGGAGCGUGCACUUGGAGCAGCUCACGCUCUCGCACUCGAGUACGUGA